AUGGCAUGGUCUGGGCAAUACACAGGACAUAAUGGGUCACCAACUAUUAUUUUUAAAGCUGUAGCAGAUUAUGAUCUUUGGAUAUGGAACACAUAUUUUGGUAUGCCAGGCACCAAUAAUGAUAUCAUUGUGCUAGAUUCAUCUAAUCUUUUCUCUAAUCUAGCUGAAGGCUACUAUUGUACAAACAAUCCAACAACCACAAGGAUCAACACGUUUUUAGGAAAAAAACAUGUAUUACAUGACAUAAUGACUGCAUGCAUUAUUAUGCACAAUAUGAUAAUCGAGGAUGAACGUGAUCUUUAUGCACCAAUUCAAGAAGUGAGGGAAACACCAACACGAGAAGUUGAUAUUGUAGUAGAUGAAACUACUAGAUUUAAUCAAUUUAUUGCACGUUACAGACAAAUCAAGGAUAAAGAUGCCCAUAUUGCGCUUCAUAAUGCAUUGAUAGAUCAUCUAUGGGAGGAAUACACUAAUUCAGAUAGUUAA